GGCGGACGCUGGAGAGCGCCGUUCCUGACUUUAAUGUGCUUAGACACUUGAAGCCACAAAAGGAUUUCCCUCAAGGUUCCUCGUCUCCUCGCAAGGAUGCCUUUUCUCUUCUGCCUUGCGAAAUAAUAGCGGCCUAGCUGGUGCUCGUGACCAGGAAGGAAGGCAGCGUCGCGGGCUGAUUACGUUUCACCCAAAGGUUGCCGGCUCCGAAUCGGUUUCUAACGAGAAAUUUUAAAAUGAUUCGUUCCAAGAAAGGGUAGGAGCCGCGAGACCCUCCAACUGCCCAGGGAAAACAAGUCUCGUCUGGCGAAGUUAUCAGCCCACGCGGUCCGCGGCCAAAGGCCAAAGGUCUCUUGCCCCAUGGUGCCACAGCACUGCGCGUGCGCGAACCGCUGUCAAACGCGCUGACGGAGGCCGAGAAGAAAAAAAGGCGGGAGCCGCCAAUCCUGGGUUGAGCAAAAUGGCGCGGGAGAAGGAGAUGCAGGAGUUCACCCGUAGCUUCUUCCGAGGCCGCCCGGACCUCAGCACACUCACGCAUUCCAUCGUGCGGCGGAGGUACCUGGCUCACUCGGGCCGCGACCACUUAGAGCCAGAGGAGAAGCAGGCACUGAAGCGACUGGUGGAGGAGGAGCUGCUGAAGAUGCAGGUGGAUGAAGCCGCUUCCAGGGAGGAGAAAUUGGACCUUACCAAGAAGGGCAAGAGGCCUCCCACCCCUUGUAGCGACCCGGAGAGAAAAAGGUUCCGCUUCAAUUCAGAGUCGGAGUCCGGCUCUGAAGCCUCCAGCCCAGACUACUUUGGACCCCCAGCAAAGAAUGGGGUGGCAGCAGAAGUCAGCCCAGCCAAGGAGGAGAAUCCAAGGCGAGCCUCAAAGAAGGCAGUUGAGGAGAGCAGUGAUGAGGAACGGCAGAGGGACCUGCCCGCACAGAGGGGAGAGGAGAGCAGUGAGGAGGAGGAAAAGGGGGACAAGGGGAAGACUAGGAAGAAACCUGUGGCAAAGAAGCAGGCACCAGGCAAGGCCUCAGUCAGCAGGAAGCAGACCAGGGAAGAAAGCGAGGAGAACGAGGAAGAACCCGUUCAGAGGACAGCAAAGAAGGUGGAGGGAAAUAAAGGAACUAAAAGCCUGAAGGAAAGUGAACAGCUAAGUGAAGAGGAGGAGGAGAUCCUAGCUGGGAAGAAAGAGCACAGAGAGGAGGAAGCAAGGGAGGAAGAGAAAGAAGGGGAGGAGGAAAAGGAGGAAUGGAAACCCAGAGCCAGGAGCAAUGGCAGGAGAAAGUCAGCUAGGGAGGAGAGGAGCUGUAAGCUGAAAAGCCAGGCAAAGAGGCUCAUGGGAGACUCAGACAGCAAGGAAGAGCAGAAAGAGGCAGCAGGCAGUGGGGAUGACAGUGGGAGAGAUGGAGAACCCCCAGUGCAGAAGAGCAAGGACAGGACCCAGCUUAAGGAUGGGAAGGGGUUGAGUGGAAGCAGCGAGGACGAGGAAGACAGUGGGAAGGGGGAACCCACAGCUAAAGGCUCUAGAAAGACGGCCACACUGGGCAGCACCAGUGGUGAGGAGAGUGACUUGGAGAGGGAAGUGAGUGACAUUGAGGCAGGGGGCGACCCCCAGGGGGAGAGGAAGAACCGCUCUUCCAAGAAGAGCUCUAGGAAAGGCACGACACGAAGCUCCUCUUCCUCCUCAGACGGAAGUCCAGAGGCCAAAGGAGGGAAGGCUGGUUCAGGUCGCCGUGGAGAGGACCACCCAGCUGUGAUGAGGCUAAAGCGCUACAUUCGGGCCUGUGGUGCCCAUCGAAACUACAAGAAGCUGUUGGGCUCCUGUUGCUCACACAAGGAGCGCCUGAGUAUCCUCCGGGCAGAACUGGAAGCCCUAGGCAUGAAGGGUACCCCUUCCCUAGAGAAGUGUCGGGCCCUGAAAGAGCAGAGGGAGGAGGCAGCUGAGGUAGCCUCCUUGGAUGUUGCGAACAUCAUCAGUGGCUCGGGCCGGCCACGCAGACGUACAGCCUGGAACCCUUUAGGAGAAGCAGCACCCCCAGGGGAGCUGUACCGUCGGACCCUGGACUCAGACUGAAGAGCGGCCCCGUCCUGCACCCCCGGACUGGUCACAUAUGCGUGGCAUCAUCAGCAGUGAUGGCGAGAGUAACUGAGCUCUGUCACCCCCAGGAGGGACCCUUGAUCCAUGUACAAAGCAUACAUAGCACCCCUUGCCCGGUGUCUGUGGAGCAGAAGCAGCUUUCUUCAGAGAAGACUGCCGCUCCUGAGGACGCAAGCUGUUGGGAUGCUACUUCUCAGCUUCACGCUCUCCAUUUAAGGUGUUUAUUUUUUAAGACUCAAUAAAGGAGUGUUCAUAAUCACCUCAUCAAAUCUGGUCCCCCAUUCUCACCUCCUGUAUUUUGGACCAGGAAACUGAGGAGUCACUGCCUCCACCUCCUCCCCUGGCGUGGUUCCCUUUAAUUUCUCCCGGGUUCCUGGAAGAAGUCCCUGCCUCCAGACCCACUGGAGAAGGGUGUGUGGCUCCUGUGCUGCCAGCCUGCCCAGUGGCCCCUCUGCUUUUAGCCUGGUCUGAUAACCUAAUGCCCACUUGGGAGGGGGAUAGAAUGACUUGAGGGCAGCCGGUGCUUAACCCUUCCCCCCUUCUGCAAACAGCCACUUUGUCCAGGGGCUGUUAGCCUCGAAGGGGUGGGGAAAAGCCCUGACUUCCUGGGCCAGUCUCAGCCCUCUAGGCCUCUGGCUACAGGCCCAGCCUGUGCAGUCACAUGAGGUCUCCACUGAACUCUGGCUGCUGAGGCUUGCGGGAAGAUGUAAGCAUAGAGCUGCCCGGGGUCUGUGUGGAAAGCAAACCUAAGAAUCUUUGAAGCCAAAGCAAAGCAAACAGGAAUUAGAGGUCAAGGGAUUGAAGACCACCUUUGAGAUCUGAUCUGGUCACACCUGAAGUCAUUAAAAUCACUGAAAUGUUUAGAUACACAGCCCAAUAAAUUCUCUUUUUAAAA